AUGACUAGAUUAAAGGCAAAAAAUGUUUCAACCCCUCGCACAACUUUAGUAGGUAUUGCUGAGCCAACAAUUGUGGAUCAAGCACUAAAGGUUCCACUGUGGUAUGCAACUAUGAAAGAAGAUAUUAAUGUCUUACAUGAAAAUCAAACAUGGACCUUGGUACCUAAAAUAACAAAAAUGAAUGUGGUUGGAUCAAGAUGGGUAUUCAAGACCGAGUUAAAAUCAGAUGGUAAUAUAGACAGACAUAAAGCUAGGUUGGUUGUGAAAGGAUACUCUCAGCUUGAAGGAAUUGAUUUUGAAGAAACUUUUAGUCCUGUAGUUAAGGUUACCACUAUAAGGGUAGUGUUAUCCGCUGCUGUUAGUCUAAAAUGGCCUAUUAGACAACUAUUGAUGUCAAAAAUGCCUUUCUACAUGGGCAUCUACAGGAAGAAGUCUAUAUGGCACAACCUCCGGGUUUUGUUGAUCCUCAGUAUCCAAGCAUGUUUGUUUUUUGAAGAAAGCACUAUAUGGCCUCAAGCAGGCACCUGA